AUGUUCUCACUACAUUUAAACACACACUCUCUCUCUCUUUCUAUUGCUUCUCCUUUUUGCACACUCAAAUCUCUCUCUUCCUCUUUCCCUAUCCUUCCUUCUCUCUCACUAUCGAUCUCUCCCUUUGUCUCUCCCCUCUCUCUCUCUCUCUCUUCUUUCUCUACUCGCUCUUUCGAUAUUUCUCAUUCCAUUUCUCUCUCGCUUGAUUUUUUCUUUCUCUCUUUCUCUCUCUCUCUCUUUCCCUCUCUUUCAUAUUCGCUUUCUUUCCGUCGCUUGAAGCCUCUCUCUCUCUCUCUCUCUCUAUCAUUCUCUUUCCUCUCCCAUUUUCUCUCGUUCCCGCAUCCUUACUUUCUUAUUCUUUCUCGCUUUCUUUCAUUCGUUUUCUCUUUCUUUUUUCCCUCUCUUUCUAUUUUUCUCUCUCUCUCUUUCUCUUCCGCUUUUUCUUUGUCUACUUUUGUAUCUCUCUUUCUCUCUUUUGCUCCUUCUCUCUCACCACCUAUCAAUCUGUCGAUUUUAAACACAGGUCGUUGA